AUGACGUCACAACGUUUACGUACUGCUUGGAAUAAAACUGAAAUUAAAUAUUAUCCUAUACCUGUGGGCAUUGGUAUUGCUGUAAUUGUAUUUCAAACUUUACACCAUAAAUAUAAAGAACAUGAAGCAAUUAAAAACAAAGAUCAAGCAGUUACAGAUCAAGUAAUUAAACGUACCACUAGUGGUCCCUGGCAGGUUCAUGUCUUAGACACUAUUCCACUUAGAGCAUUAUCUAGAUUAUGGGGAAAAUUUAAUAAUGAUUAUAAUUUACCUGUUUGGAUGAGAGAACCUUUUUAUAAAUUUUAUAGUUGGUUGUUUAAUUGUAAUUUGGAUGAAAUAGAAAAUUCAGAUCUUAAGACCUAUCCAAAUUUAGGAUCAUUUUUUUAUAGAUCAUUAAAACCUGGUUUACGACAAAUAGAUGAAGCCAUUCUAGUAUCACCAGCUGAUGGUAGAAUUCUUAGUUUCGGUUUAGUAAAUGAUGAAAAAGUAGAACAAAUAAAAGGAAAUAGUUAUUCUUUAAGUGCUCUGUUAGGUCAUAAUAAUACAAAUAAUUUUUCUGAAUUAGAAACAGUUAAUGUAACUAAAACAUCAAAUAUUGUUGAUGAAAAAGAAUUUGCAAACAUCAAUGGUAUUACAUAUUCUUUGGAUUCUUUAUUAGGUGAUGAAUCAGAAAUGGUUACAAAACAAGAGAGCUCUAUUGAAAUAGAUAUAACUAAAUUUGAUGAACAUAAAAAAAAAGAACAAGUUAUUUCAAAAGAUGUAACAAAAAUUUCACCUAAUAAUCUUCAUAAAUGGCAUGUAAUUAAAAGUGGAAAUGGUCUUUUCUUUUGUGUUAUUUAUCUUGCACCUGGUGAUUAUCACAGAUUUCAUUCUCCAACAAAUUGGGUUGUUGAAUCAAGGCGUCAUUUUGCGGGUGAAUUAUUCUCUGUAUCUCCAUAUAUGUUAAAACUGUUGCCAGAAUUAUUUGUUUUGAACGAACGGGUUGCAUUACUAGGAAGAUGGAGAUAUGGUUUUUUUGCAAUGAUUCCAGUUGGUGCUACUAAUGUUGGUUCAAUCAAGAUUAAUUUUGAUCCGGUUCUUCGUACGAAUCAGAAAGAAGGUCUUGCUGUUGGAACAUAUACAGAAAUGUCUUAUAAAAAUGCUAGUAAAUUAUUAGGUGGUCAACCAUUAAGUAUUGGUGAAGAAAUUGGUGGAUUUCGUAUGGGUUCUACCAUUGUACUAAUAUUUGAAGCACCAUUGAAUUUUAAAUUUUGUGUCUCACCAGAACAAAAAAUUAAUUUUGGUCGAAAGUUAGGACAAAAUGACAUUUGA